AUGGAGAAGGCUAGGAAGAAGACCGAGGACAUCCGUGCCACCGUCAACUUUGUCGAGCAUGCCAUUCAGUCGCUCGGCGAUGAAGAUUUUCUCUACUACUACUCCUCCGACACUCGCUACAGGCACCGAUUCCAUCUCUCGCCGGAUAAGACCCAUCUGUGCUGGGGCGAGUCGCAUGCAGUCCGACUCAGUCGCUAUGCAGGCGUCCUCUUCGGACCAAAGUCGGCAAAGUUCCAGGAUCUAGGCCCGCGUCUUGUCGACCCAGAAUGGCUCUGCUUUUCUCUUGUCAGCAACCCGCCCUCAGGACCGCUCGCCCCGGCCCCGAAAAUGCUGCAAACCAUUGACUUGGUUUGCGUGUCCAAUGACCAACUCGAGCGCUGGAUUUUGGGGCUCCAGUCCCUCUGCAAGCCCGUCAACCACCAUCUCCUGCAGUGCCUCACCCUGCCGGAUAUUACACGUAUGCGUGCCAUUUACAAGAUCCGUGCGCACGCGCAUGCGAGGGGACUCACUGUUCGCCGCUACUUUCUUAAACGCGUGCAAGAGGCCGGUCGGAGGCGGAGUUCCAUCGACGCCAAUCGCCAGCACAUGGAUGAAGUUAAGCAGCUCGAAGCCGAGUUGGCCAGGUUGCAAAAGACUCUUAUAGACUCGGCUCGACGCGAGACUCUUUUGAAUACAUCCCUACGUGAUUUUCAACAUUCAUGGGAAGUCGACUUUGGACGUCUCACCUUUCUCCACCCUAUUGGACAGGGCGCCUUCUCAGAAAUGUGGAAGGGGAUGUGGCGCUCGACACCAGUAGCCAUUAAGAAGUUGACAACUAGAACCAUUUCUGAGAGUGCGGCCACUCCAAAAUCUCCCACACAACAACCACAACCCAUCCCAACAAUGACCGGCUUAGGUACUGGUCGCCCAAGACCUGAUGGUGCUGCCCUAGCAGCAGCGAAUCGCAAUUCCCCUUUGGAACGAGUUCAGACACUUGAAAGAACAACGAUGUCCGCAGAGGAUCGGCGGCUUCUUCACGAUUUUCGACUUGAAGUCACAAUGAUGAACAAGUUGCGACAUCCAAAUAUCGUUCUCUUCCUCGGCGCUUGUACAGUAUUGCCUCAAAUGUGUAUUUUGACCGAAUUCUGUCAUGGAGGCAGCUUGUUUGCAGCGCUUCGCAAGCGCUCUUGGCGAACGAGCCUCUCCCUCCAAGACAUUCGAAACGUCGCCAGACAUAUCGCACGCGGGAUGCGCUACUUGCAUUCCUGUCACAUCAUUCACCGGGACCUGAAAUCACAGAACCUGCUACUGGACCGACCCGUUGAGGAAGGUUGUCCAGUUGUGAAGGUAGCUGAUUUUGGGCUCAGCCGCAGUUUUCGAGGCAUCGGCACGGUGAGUGGGUCGGUCGCCGGUGUCAUGACAAGUGAGACGGGUACUUACAGAUGGAUGGCUCCUGAAAUGAUUCGACAUGAGCCAUAUAAUGAAAAGGUGGACGUCUAUUCGUACGGCGUUGUUCUUUGGGAACUAUUCUCGUGCGAGGUGCCGUUCUCGGGUAUGACACCCAUCCAAGCAGCCUUUGCGGUCGCAGACAAGCAUCUACGACCGACAUGCGAGUCUGCAUACGCGAGAACUGUAAAGAUCCCAAAAGCGUGGACUGCGUUGAUCUCGCAAUGUUGGCACCCAUCAUCACGUCAACGGCCGAGGUUUAAUCAAGUUCUGAGGUUUUUGGAUGAAAUGGAGGAUUGCAGCGAAAACGAAAUUCCUAAAUCGCUGAAGCGAUUCACAAAGCAUGACAAUCGAGGAGAACAGUCACCUCAAAGACAAAAUGUGUUUCCUACAAUUCCCAAGCCUCAGCCCAUUCUGCCAAACGAGCAAAGCAUUGACGAGGGCCUGCUCGAGGAUAUGACAUCCUUUGAGCUCACGGAUAGUAUAGAAGUCAAAGGACGCACCAGCAAGGUGGCUCACACGGGGCUUGGUCAUUCCGGCAGCGCACCAAACCUUGCUAGACUGGUGUAGCACAACAGUGAGCGCAUACUAACUCAGGAAUACUGCUGUGAUUCAGACAUGUGUUCAUUCAAUCAUCUCUAGCACUCCAUUUUUGUAAAGGCGACAGGUGCUUUAUGCAUAUAAACAUGGACCGGAUAGCAUUCUUGUAAAUUCUGGAUCAGAACUGGUUGCCAGUGUCUCCCAAGAGCGAAAAUCAGAUCCAUCACUGUUUUCCCUCCA